AUCCAUCCAUUCAUACGGUCUACUACUUAAUAGUGGUAAAUGAAGAGAUCAAUUAAAUUUGUGACAACAGUUGUAAUUAUAAUGAAAGUAAAAAUUGUGACUUUUUUUGACUCAUUAUAAUAGUCUUAGUUUUUUUUUAAACAACAAUCACAAGAAACAAGUAAAUUGAACAUUGAAUACAACAACACCACCAUUGGCCUCAACACAUGUCGGCGCCAACACUUAACGGCUCCAAUGUUAGCAAACAGUCGGUUGUAAUGUCCGGUCUAUUUGAUUGUCAGGACUGUAACAUUGGUUUCUCGUCGUUGGCUUCGGUUACUAAUCACCGAAAAUAGACAAUUGAAGAAACAUAUAAAAGUGAAACAUAAAGACACUGUUGGUACUAAUGGGACAUCACCGCAGUCGCAGAUUCACUGCAAUUACUGUGGAAAACAUUUCAGAACUCGGGAUAAACUUUUAAAUCAUCUUCAAGUGAUUCACUAUUAUUGUCAAAAAUGUUGUUUCCGUUUCAAAAGUAAGCAUUUAUUAGACAAACAUAAAAGCAGCGGUCAUUUGACAAAGCCGUCCGCUAUGGUGUCGCUGAAGGGUAUCGAUGAAUACAUUUGCCACAUAUGUAAACAAUGUUUCAAAAAACAAAAACAAUUGAAAACUCAUCAAAAUCUUAAGCAUACCGUUGAGAUUAUUACUAAUGAUAAUGAAAAUAGUAAUUUAACGAAUCAAUUGACCUCAUCAUUAACUACUGGUACCAGUGAUCAAAGUGAAUCAGAUGAACAAUUGCUAAUUAGACAGACCAUCAAUAGGAUUAACCAAAGUGUACGGGGAUGUGGCAGUUGUCAAAUGUUUUAUAUAUAUAAGAUUUUUUCGGCACAUAUGCGAAAUGAUCAUCAAAUCGGUUCGUUUGCACCGUACAUAUGCUAUUGGGAGGGUUGCUAUCAAUCAUAUCAGACGGACAUUGAGUUGAAUAAACACCGGAAGACACAUCCCAACAAUGGCUGUAAUAGAUUUGAGUGUCAAAUCGGUAGAUGUGGUCAUGUAUUGGCUACACAUACCGAACUAGUCAAACAUAUGAGAGCCAAUCAUUCAAUGUUUAUUAGCUAUAUUUGCAACUAUUGUCCGGAAAUGACGAUGAGAUGUCCGUUAAUAGAGCGUCAUAUGACUGUACAUCACCUUAAGUUUCCGUGUCCUCAAAGAGGUUGUGAAAAAAAGUUUACCACUGAAGAGGGUCUCAUUCAUCACACUGUUCUCGACCAUCUGAAUUCGUACGCCAGUUAUCGUAGAGACAGAGAUAUGCAGUUGAAAAUACCGGCACCGGUACAUCUGGUAGAAGUGCCAGAAACUAAUAACAACAGUUCAGUACAAAUGGCACCGGAAAUUGAAUUUUGCUGUCAUUUUGAUGAUUGCGGACAAUAUUUUGGUGAUAUGAAUGAGUUGUCUAAACAUUAUUGUGAAGAUCAUUAUAAUCCUUCAAUUACUAGUAAUAUAAAUAAUAAUACAAUUACUACUAUUACUAGUAAUUCACUGCCAAUACCUCAAUCAGUGCCUUCUCGAGAUCCCCGUUCAAGACCUGCCAUAUUGGCCAAAGAUAUUGUACUACAACAGCAAGAGAUGUGCUUCAGAUGUGACGCUCCGGGAUGUGGCCAACAGUUCAGGCAAAAAGUUGACUUUUAUCGACACAAAUACAGAAUAGUUUUGAUGGCAUCCGAUCUGAUCUGUUGUGUGGAAGCGGUGUUCAGUAGUUGGACUUCAUUGUCGUCCUUAAAGAUUUGGAGUAAACCCUUGAUAUAAGUAUCAUAAAACUGUUUAUAACACGUGAGUCCGGCAUUGUUGGCAAUUUCAGUCCUUUUCUUAACCAAUUGCUGUCCGAUAUCCAGAUCUUCUUGAGUCAUAUCAAACAGUUGUUUAUCUGACUUUCCAAUGAGCACCUGAUCUGCAUUUUUCAGGCAUUGGAUCUGACUUUUUCUAU